AGCCAGCCAACAAACCGGUCAGCAACCGCCUCAUUGGAAUGACUUCACGUAGUAUAAUGAGCUGCAUUUCUCAUUCGAGCUGUUCCCUCGUACCACCAUGAUUACCCAGCAGGAUGACGAGGAGACACCUCUUCUGCAACGACUAGAGCAACCAAAGGCCAAGACACCUCUACCCUGGGAUCAAUCUUGGAUUAUACUGCUCGUAGAGAUGCCAGAUUUUCUUUCUUCUUAGACCCUUGCGCUGUUUAUUCCUCAACUCAUUAGAGACAUCGGAGUCACUCAUGGAGACGAAUCCCAGGUUGGUCGCUAUGUCGGUAUCCUUCUCAUACCUUGACUAUCUUUCAUUGGAGUCAACUGUCCGACCACAUCGGGCGGAAGCUGUAACACUGACAGCUUUAUUAGCAAUUAUUAUUUCGAUGUUUUCAUUUGGGCUGUCAAAGUCAUUCCUUGGUCUGCUGGUAAGUCGUGUUGUCUGUGGAGCAUUUGAUCUGGGCGAUGCUGUCAUCAAGACCUUGGUGAUGGACAUUACUGACACAACCAAUAUGCCCAAGGCAUACAGUUAUAUGCCAAUUCCGUUGAUGGUUGGAACCACAGUUGGACCACUCAUUGGAGGAUCGCUCUCCCGACCAGCAGACAGAUUCCCUGGCAUCUUCGGGCAAUCAGAACUCCUGAAAACCUACCCAUAUCUCCUGCCAUGCUCUAUCUCGGCAUCUUUCAUAUUCAUAACUUGGCUAGUGGCGUAUAUCUGUCUUAAAGAGAUUGAUCCUGGGGAAGUGAAUCCUGCAGAGGUUCAACCAAAGCCGCUUUCGCUGCGUGCUUUACUAACCUCGAAAAUGUUGAGCGCAACAGCGAGUUAUGCCACCAUGGGCCUGUUUCAGAUGGGGUUUAAUUCGGUCUUACCUGUUUUCUAUGCCACACCGAUUGAACUCGGUGGUCUUUCCCUCGACCCUCCACGCAUCGGUGCUUUACUUGCGGCAUCAGGUGUCACACAUGGCAUGUUUCAGCUAUUUUUCUACGCUCAUUUACAUGAUCGCUUCAGUGCAAGAGCUAUCCACAUCACCGGCGUUAGCUCCGGCAUACCCAUGGUCAUUUUAUUUCCAGUGACCAAGGCUCUGGCUCGAGUCUAUGGAAUAGGCAUGGCGGUGUGGUUGUGUGUUGCCAUUCAGCUUAUGCUGAAAAUUAACUUGAUCAUGUGCUUCCCCUGCAUGACAUUAUUCAUCAGAGCAGCUGCUCCCAAUCGCGCCUCGAUCAGAGCAACCAAUGGAAUUGCCCAGGUGGCUGUUGCAGUAGCAAGGAUCGUUGGUCCAGUGUCUGCAGCUUUGGUCUUCUCUUAUUUAUUGCAGCAAGGGCAUGAUCCGUGGUUGAUAUACUACUUUUUGAUCGUGAUUGCAUUUCUCGCUGUAGGUACUGGUCUAUUGCUUCCCCGUGAUCCUAGUGUAUGGGAAGAUCCCCAAUGA